GCUAUAUAAAAUACGGACACAGGACUCGCAGAGAGCAAGUGUUUUGGUGGGAGGUUGUGAUCAAAUCAUGCACGCUGUCACCUCAGCGUUGUCUGUCCUGCCUGUUGUUGUUGCCAGUGUGCUGCUGGCUGGAGACCCGUCGACAGUUUCGAGCACUUCUCUGGACCUCGGCGAUGUGCUCUCCAUCAACGCCAUUGUACAACUGACGAACGAUGCGUGCACGCUCCUGGUACCUUCGAGCUCCGGGGUGACGUUUCGAAGCGAUGCAAACGGAGACAUACGUUCUUUCCCGUGCACUACAGGUGGAAUGUGCAAGUGUCAUCGCUUCCAGUCAUGCGUGGCUCAGGAGGAAGAAGGGUGCUUGCGAGUGCAGGCAUGUGCAACAGACAAUGGGCGGCCGCACAAUGAAUGUUAUGCAAUGAAACCAUGCCCAUCGCAUAGUGCCGAUCUGACCACACUUCUCCAGCUGCACAUGACGUGUGACGGCCCCGCUCUGACCCAGCGUACCCAGCAGGAACUCAAUGUGCUUGGCCAGCAGUGGAAAACUGCCUUGCUUGACGCCUGUGCGAUUGAUACGUUGAGGUGCCGUUACACUGGCGGUGAAGCAGGCUCUUUUCGAGCCUUGGCUCCAAGUGUUGCUGCGGUCGCUACCCUGGGUGCCGAAGAAGACUUGCAUCGCGUGCAGACGUGUGUGGAAACCAAUGGACCGGUUCUCAUCGGUGACUGCACCGUCUGGCAAGUCACGGCUUCGGGCAUAUGGGCGAGUAGCAUGGCGACAAUGGCCAUGGCUUCAACCUCCACCGCGUCCACGUCCACGUCCACAUCGCCAUUGACAUCGACAGACAGCACGUGGCUGCCAUCCACGCCAUCGGAACUCGAGUGCCGGCCCCCGCCGCUGCCACUUCCAGAUCGUGUGCACGCGUGCGCGACAGCUGAAGUGAUCGACGUUGUUGAAGACUUUGUCGCCGACGAGCACCUGGCGUCGCUGUGCGUGCGCAUGAGGCACACGUAUGCUGGGGACUUGCUCAUGUCUGUUGUGUGCCCCAGUGGCCAGCGUGUGCUCCUCACAUAUCAGGCUGGCGGGGACGCGGGUGUGGAUGGCACCUACUGCUGGACACCAACGGGGACGGCUCACUUCCCAUCGCCGUUGCCCAUGCAGCCUGACGAACCACUAUCGGCGCUUGAUGGCUGCAGCACGCGCGGCACGUGGUCGCUUGACAUAUGGGACCUCUUUCCCGGAGAUGACGGCCAUCUCCACGACUUCACGGUCACGUUGAUCUAGAGCGCACGCACGCGUUCUGUUCCCCCAACCCCCCCUUUUUUUUUCAGACUCUGCAUUCAUGUGCUGCUGCCAUGUUACCACCUCAGUCCUGCCAUCUUGUUGCACAUGCCUUUCCUUUGUUGAAGUGCCUCGGAGCGGUGUGUCGUGUGUUGCACUCGGCAUCACCAG